AUGCUCACUGGAAGAAAAUUUCAUAUCCUUACGGACCACAAAUCUCUUUGUGAAGUUUUCACGAACACCUCAGAUAAAUAUUCGCCACGCGAGAUCUGCUAUCUCGAUUAUAUUUCACAUUUCAAUACUGAGAUACUCCACAUAAAGGGUGCAAAUAACGAAGUCGCGGAUGCCCUGUCCCGCAAGGAUUUAUCUCCGUCGCCGCAAAUGAAUACAAAGCUACGACAGAGGCUCAGAUAA